AUGUCGCGGAGAUAUGAUUCAAGGACGACCAUCUUCUCGCCUGAGGGGCGAUUGUACCAGGUCGAAUACGCGCUCGAAGCCAUCUCGCACGCGGGAACCGCUCUGGGCAUACUAGCCAAGGAUGGCAUCGUGCUCGCCGCCGAGAGGAAGGUGACCAGCAAGCUUCUGGAGCAGGACACCUCAGCCGAGAAGCUGUACAUCCUGAACGACAACAUGAUCUGCGCCGUAGCAGGCAUGACCGCCGACGCCAACAUCCUCAUCAACUACGCCCGUCAAGCCGCCCAGCGCUACCUCCUCACCUACAACGAAGACAUCCCCUGCGAGCAGCUCGUGCGCCGCCUGUGUGAUCUGAAGCAAGGCUACACGCAGCACGGUGGCCUGCGACCGUUUGGUGUGUCCUUCAUUUACGCUGGUUGGGACCCGCAGCGCGACUUCCAGCUCUACCAGAGCAACCCCAGUGGCAACUACGGCGGUUGGAAGGCAACGAGCGUGGGCGCCAACAACGCGUCUGCCCAGAGCUUGUUGAAGCAGGACUACAAGGAAGAGUGCGACCUGAAGGAGGCUUGCGGGCUCGCCGUCAAGGUGCUCAGCAAGACCAUGGACUCUACCAAGCUGAGCAGCGAGAAGAUCGAGUUUGCCACGGUAGGGAAGACCAAGGAGGGAAAGAUCUACCACCACCUCUGGGGUGCCGACGAGAUCGAUGCUCUGCUCAAGGAGCACGGUCUGGCGAAGCCCGAGGACACCGAAAUGUCCGAGCAAUGA